AUUCGGUCGGGCAACUCAGGCAGCAGCUGUACGAGCACGUAGCCGAUUUCCUUGGAUUGGAAUUGCGAUUGUUUGGGCAGAGUUGCAGCGAACAAUUUCUUAAUCUCAUUAUUGUUGAAUCGCACUCCGCGUAGUUUGGACCUAUAGUGCAUUUUUCAAACGUUUAUUGCUGCUGCAUAAUUACUACGUUAUGUUUUCAGUUUUGGCGUUCGAAGUGUGUUCAUAAAUAAUCCGUAAGCUAUGCUGGCGAUAUGUUUACCAAAUUUCGUCGGUCGUUGUGACUCAAGUUGAAAUGCCUUGUGAAUACGUGGAUCGUGAGGAGAGUUCCACAGUGUUAUGUCGAUAAAGUCUUUUUCUUUUAAUAGAUAGUGACUUUAGUGUAAAAUUCAAUUAGCAAAAGACAAUGUCUAGCACAGUUCCUACGAGUUCUGCCCUUAGGGCUUUGGCCCUAGAGUAUAAGAGUCUACAAGAGGAGCCCGUGGAAGGGUUCAGAGUGAAACUUUGUGGAGAAGACAAUUUGUUUGAGUGGGAAGUGGCGAUAUUCGGCCCCCCAGACACAUUAUAUCAAGGUGGCUACUUUAAGGCACAUAUGAAAUUCCCUACAGACUAUCCAUAUUCACCACCGUCAAUUAGAUUUUUAACGAAAGUGUGGCAUCCAAACGUAUAUGAGAAUGGAGACCUCUGCAUAUCAAUCCUGCACCCGCCUGUGGACGACCCGCAGUCGGGCGAGCUGCCCUGCGAGCGCUGGAACCCCACGCAGUCGGUCCGCACGGUCCUGCUCUCCGUGAUCUCGCUCCUCAACGAGCCCAACACUUUCAGCCCAGCCAACGUGGACGCGAGCGUCAUGUACAGGCGCUGGCGUGACUCCAAGGGCAAGGAUAAAGAAUAUGAGAAUAUUAUAAGGAAACAAGCGCAAGUCGCGCGUAUAGACGCUGAAAGAGAAGGCAUCGUCGUGCCUCUCACUCUAGAAGACUACUGCAUCAAAACACAAGUCAAGUCCACCACGCAAGAACCACAGCUGGACAUGACGGAUUUCUACGACGACGACUACGAUCUCGACACGUCGGACGAGGAGAUCGAGGCCGGCGAGGCCGCCGAGGCCGGCGAGGACGGCGACGACAGCGGCAACGGCGACGACAGCGACAACGCCGAGUCGUGAGGCCCGCUGCGGCGAGGCCUACACUCCACUAGGCAAAUAUAACCUCAGAAGCCCCGCUGCAAAAAAACGUACACUCCUAUUGGUGUUAAAAAAGUGCAUCUCAAUGGAUAUUUACAUUAUUUGCAUGGAGGCUUAGGGGGUUAAACAGUGACAUACGUUAUAUGUGGCUGUAGUCAACUGUAACUCGGGCGUAUAACGUCUAUAUUUGUCAAAUAUUUCUGCAAUGGCGAGUCGUGAGGCCUGCUGUAUCGAGGCCUACACACCACUAGGCAAAUAUAACCUCAGAAGCCCCGCUGCAAAAGACAAAUUCUAUUGUUAGAAAGAAUAAAGUGCAUCUCAAUUGAUAUUUACAUUUUUCGCAAGGGGGCUUAUGGGGAUAGACCCACUGACUUCACAUUAUCGUCGCUAUACUUACUCGUACUCAACCUCGUAUCUCUAUAUAUUAGAUACGUAUAUCAGAUACGAGGUUGAGUAAGUAUAGCGACGUUAUAUGUGACUAUUGUGACUGUGCAAUAUUAACCAUAACUCGGGCACAUGAAGCGCUGUGUCGAGCUUCUUCCAACACUAAAUAGACGACAUAGCGAUUAUACUAUUCGCAAACCAAACUGAUGACUAAUGUCAUAUAACUUUCUCUUUCACUACUACUAUCUCAAAUCAAGUGUGAAUGAGAGUUACGACCCCGGUCGUUAUUCCGCUCUGUGGAUAGUAGAGCCCAGAGCGGAUGCCCUUCACAUUCACGAAGGCUCUAACUCAUCCGCCAAUUUGUUAUUUCAAAAUGCCGCUUGGUAUCCGAGAGUAUAUGCGGUAGUAUACGUUAAGAAGGAAAAAGGACAUUUCGUGCGAAUUCUUUUGAUAGCUCUAUACGUUAAGCUGCAACUGGAUUCGCAAUUGGUAAUGUUUUGUUGACGAGUAGUACCAUCUAGUUUAGCUGUCAAAUGAAUACAAAAUGAUUUUUUCCGUAUGUAAGGCCCUCUGCGCGGAAAUAACAAUCUAGCUGCCUGGGAAAUAGGGUUAUUAUAAAUAUAUAAGUUUCUUUUGCCAGCACAUUUUUAAAACAGUCCAGUUUUCCUGCAAAAAAUAAGAUCAGAACCAAAAAGAUUGUGAGGUGAGUUUUGAACAAAACUUAAAAGAUUCAUGGAUAAUAGUUGAAUAGUAUUAAACAUGAAUUAAAACACUAUGUAGAUAUACAAAAUAAUGUCGUGGACCUAGAGAAUGAACUGAAAUGUAUUAGUAAUUUAGUAUCUUCUUAAAUUAUAGUUAUACUACUUAAAUCUUUAUGAUUUUAUGUCUGCCUCUACUUCUCAAGUACAAACUAUUAGAACACUGCCUUCAAUUUACUUUUGAUUCAGACAACACAGACUAAUAUCUCUUAAUGUAUUUAUUUAUUUAAACUUUAUUGCACAAAAAAAAAAAAAAAAUGUACUUACAAAUGGCGGACUUAAUGCCAAAUUGCAUUCUCUACCAGUCAACCAUCGGGCUAAACAGAGAUAUUAUGCAUGGAGAAAGAAAGAUGAUGUUUAUUACAACUAUCGAAAACAGCUGAAAAACUUGAUACAAUAACUUGAUACAUAAUUACAUUUAUUUCUCGUUGUACUGCUUCCGAAGUUACAUAUAGCUUUCAAUUAGUUCUUUAUAACCAUUUAAUUGUAUACAUUUCAACGCGUUAUCAAACCCGAUGUUCACGUAGGUUUAGACUUGUAUUGUGAAUUAAUUAUAACGGUAUUAAACUCGUGUACGAUACACAAUUGGCAUUGGGGUUGUAACACUAUUGGCAUAACGGCUAUUUGCGUCUAAUUUAUGUGCGUACGCAUUUCUUCUGUAAUAGCAUGACUCGUGUCGAUAUUGGGAUACGUUUACGCAGUUUCGUAUUUGCGCACUUUCUUUUGGUUGUAAUAUUGGAGCAGCGCUGGCAAAACAACCAGACAACCAAAUUUCAAUACACAGUAAAUACCUUAUGAAAUUCCUACAUAAUUAGUUUUUCUUUACUGAUUUAUUAAAGCCUUUUUUAUUCGUAUUUCUUUCUUUAAAACACGCAAUUAUUGUUUAGAAUCCUAUUAACUUUCAUUGUUCCGCAAACAUGUGCUAAAAAUGAUAAUACUUACAUUACUUACCAUCUUCCUUUCUACAAUAACAACUACAUGUAUACAAACUGGCUUUUCAAAUUACGUUCAACUAUUGACGUAACUGACAACAGGCCUGCCCAACGGCCAAUUUGUUCACGUUUUCCUCUUUCUUUGUCCAUCUCUGUUCUUUGUAACAGAAGCCUAUAAUUAUCCCUUUUCCGCCAUCAAAACAAUGUAUCAACUGGGUACUACUUGAAUUUAAUUGUUACGGUAAUUGUCUUAAAUCUUGCCUGUUUCAAGUUACAAAUGAACGAUUGCCUCGUCUCCUCUUGCCGAUACAUUAGGUACUAAUAGCAACACUAUGAACUGACCUUUGAUCGACUUUAUGUCUUAGUAGUAAGGUAUACGACACAUGUACAUGACAAUACAUGUGAAUUGAACAAAUAACAUCCUAACUUGAUUUCUUGGCAUCAGUAGAGCCGUUUAUUUGGCAUUUGCUUGCGGUAAUAUGCAUUUAUUUUAAUGUUAGUCGCUCUAUGUCAAACAGGGUAGAUCGUACUUGUUCUACACUAGUCGAAACAUCAAGACUUUUAGUUUAAACAGAUUAUACGUAAGAGCUUAUAAGAAAUUUGCAAUAAUUUAUAAUUUGCAAGCAAAAAAUUAACUUAUAUACAUGUUGAAACGCUAAAUUCUCCGCUCUCAGUGGUACAACCACGCCAUGGCAGUGGGGCGCGUAUACAGCUUUACGAUAAUGUUAUUUCGGGACCUUUACUGACAGUAUAGACAGCCUCUUAUAAAAUAGGACUUGACUUUUGGAUGGAGCUCAACAUUUUCACAGUCGUAAGGACAAGCUACUAAAGUCAGAUCAAGCUAAGUUGACAGCGAUUUAUCGUAUAAAAGUCAUAUCGUACACGUUUCACGUUUAAAAUAACACUUGCACUGUCUGGGCUGUCAAAAUCGCUGCCAACUUAUCUUGGUGUGACUCUAAAUGUUUAGCUACUUCCCCGCUAUACUGCACUAACUUCUUAUCUUUACAAAGAAUGGCUGAGUGCAGUAGCGGCAAAAUGAUUUGAAAGCAUUGUUUGCUUACAAGAAGCAUGAUAAAAUUAAAAGGAUAUCACUAUGAUCCUUUUGAGAAUAGUUCAUGACUUUGUACAUACUUGCGAUGGGUUGAGACGUAACUUUAGAUAUAGUCAACGUUUAUGUGUAGUGGUAGGGGUACAGUGAACUAUUUUGAAAACUAUCGUAGGGUGGGUUAGCAUUAUGUCUGCCUUCACGCCGUCUAGCAAAACUGACCGCGUAAAUAAUACUCUACACUCGACUUUCUGAUAAAAUGGGAAUGAAACUGUCGCCCGCGAUUUCAGGACCGAUACGAUCUUCAAACCUUCAAGAAAAGAACGUACUUCCAUGUUAAAUUCCGCCAACCCCUCUGGUGUUGCAGGUGCCCAAGGACGACCGUAAUUGCUUGACCAUCAGGUGAUUCCUAUAUCAUAAAAAAUAAAAUAGAUAUCAUGCGGUACCGCGCGACUUACUACGUGGCAAUCAGUUUUGCUCCUCGUCAUGUUUUAGCGAUGCUUCAAACGAAAUAUAUUUUGAGUUUUCCGUACUUGCCUGAACCGGAUAGACAAUUUUACAAUUUAUGAAGUGAAUGAAUGGUGAAUAGAAAGCUUAUUUUUAUAAAGUUUAUGGCAAUAUGUUCCAUGCUAGUGCAGCUCGGAUAGACAACGUGAUUCAAAAUAUUAUUCAAAGAAUCUAAAUUGUCGAUUGAGGAUGAGUGGUACUUCAUUAUUUUAGAUCUUUGAACUUCGCGGUAUUGUAUCUAACAAGCAGGCACGAUUGCGUUAAUGCCUGAAGUAGUUGCUAAGCAGGCGAUAAGUUCAAAAUGAUCUGAACACAACUAUAUUGUCCAGCUAGUAAGAGUGUGUGCAGAUCAUUUGGACCGCCUCGCCCACUUAGCUGACUGAACAUAAACGCAAUCAUGCCCAGACUUUUUAACUAACAACUGUUUGUCUAUUCGACCAUUAUCUCGUAAUAUUAGUUAGCUUAUUUAAGAUUUAUUGAAUUAUUAGCGAAUUUUCAAAUGUCACUAUUUUUUAUGUAUUUUUGCUGUAUUUUGUCAUCACAAUUUGCUCCAACAAGUCGUCUUUACUAAAUUAUAUUGAGCAUCUCUUUUUGGCUGAUUAAGAAUUGUUUAAUAUUAGUGUCCCCUACUUAAAUAGGAUGAUAUGUGAAAUGAACCUUUUUGUCUGACACUACCAUAGUAAACUUGUACAGAGAUUUAUAAUGAGUAUGCUCAAAACAUAAUUUAAAAUAUAUCGUAAGUUUAUUACAUUAAAGUCUGGCUACUGGUACUCGGUUGUAACCAGUAUAGUAAAAUGCCUACCUGUAUGAUUUAAUUAUAAUAAUUAAACGAAAUUAUCUGUAAUGUAUAUUGUAAGUAAAAAUGAAUCUUUAUGGUUAGUGUGCACUAAGUUAACGGACUCUUUUAUUUGAACAACUAUUAAGAUCUAGAAAACUGAUAACAAAAUUGCUGUUUGCUUACAACGUAGAUUCUCGAUCUUUAUCAAGUCUGUUUAAAUUCUUAAUGCUGUAUGUCUUGGCUAACAAACCUCUGUUAAUCCUGAUGAUUCGUCCAGAAUUUGUAAACUUAAGUUACAUUGUAAGUGGUUUGGCAAAUCAAUGUAGGUAAAUUACACGAUGAAAAUGUUAAUUAAUUAUUAAUCAUAUAAUAACAAUAAAGUAAAAGCGUUUGGAUGCGAA